GUCCGCGCGGAUAAAUGCUGACUCCGCGGCGCAAGUUCCCAGCUGCGAAGUUUGCUCUCCUGCUUGCUCCGUGCGCAGGAAACUAGGGCACCCUCCGGCGCCCAGGCUCGGGCUCCCCGCGUUCCAACCAACACCGUCUCACUUCCCCAGGCUGGGCUCGUGUGCUGGAAUCGUCCCCCAGCACGAAAACUAGCUGCUCAGCCCCGCAGAGAACAAGUCAGCUAGGAAGAUGUGGAAGGUGCCAGUUCUGCUGUUCGUUUUGGGAAGCGCAUCGCUCUGGGUCCUGGCAGAAGGAGCCAGUACAGUCGGGCCCGAAGAUGACAUGGUGACCCCAGCUGCAGAAGAUGCCAUGACAGCCCCAGGUGCAGAGGAUGAACUGGUGACCACAGGUGCCAGUAAAGAGCCCUAUGAGUUUCCUGGCUUGACAACUCCGGUAUCAACAAGUGUGGAGAGUGUAACUGAUACUUACGUCGAGGAUCUGCCAACCCAAGAAAGCACGGUCCAUGCCCAAGAAGAAAGCCAGAGCACUACACCACCAAAUGUGGUGACUAGUCAAUCCAGGGAGAAAGUGGGUGGAGAGACACAGACAACAGUUGAGAAAGAUGGUCUGGCAACAGUGACCCUCAUUGGAAUCAUAGUUGGAGUGUUACUAGCCAUUGGCUUCAUUGGUGGGAUCAUCAUUGUGGUCGUACGAAAAAUGUCGGGAAGGUACUCGCCCUAAAGUGCUGAAGGAUGUGUCUUCUGCCAGCAUAUUUUACAAAGGAAUUUCUGACUCCGCGUCCCUGAGGUUGUGGGAGAAGAUGACCCAUGGAAUACUUGCCCACCCACCUGACUUCUAUGGUGAUCCUUCCACUUGCCAAAGUAACUGGAGGAGAGAGAUGCUUCACAGGACUUGGCUCCUCUAAGCAUUUGCCUUUUGAAAAUUUUUCUAUAUAUGACCUUUAUAAUGAUUUAAAAGACAAACUGCACAGAAAAUGGAGCAAAACUGUAUAAACUGAUUUGUAACUAAGACUAUCAUUCAAUGGAUGUUAGAAACUAUAAUCAUGUCUUUGUUUUGACUAUUCUCUGUUAUUGUUAAAUUGCGAAGGAAUCUGGAAAUAUUUAUAUCAGUGGAGUCCUUGGAUCUGGAGCCGUGUUGGUAACCGGCACAAGCAUUCUGCAGUGGCCCAUCUGUUGAAAUGCACAUUUUCCCAUCUAGCUUGGUCUAUCUUUUUAAGCCUGAUUUGGUGUGAAUAAUGUAGAAAAAAAUUCUAAACUGGGAUAACAUGUGAUGAGCAGCUGCCUUUUGUAGGGCCAGAGAAAUCAUUUCAAAGAUUCAAUCAUAUGCAUUCUUAAAUCAUAAAUAGGAAGUCCAUAUUUUGAGGAAGGUACUUGUUUUCUCCUAGGCUACUGGGCAGCCUCCAGGCUUGCUUUCCUGCCUGCUCCAGGAAAAAGUUGAUGACUUAAAGGCUUGUUCUUAGCUGUCCAUUCUGCCUCCCUCCUAUGAUGGGAAACCAGGUAAAAGGGGUGGCCUUUUCCCUUUCUUAUGAUGCAGAUCCACCAGAUCAACUGCUUCCUUCUGGAAGAUAGAGAUUUCAGUCCUGGAUGCUAAGAAAGUUGCCAGAUGCCCACUGCUGUUAGAGGCCCAGGUGCUCCUAAAAUCAAGAACCACAUGGAUCCCUAAGCAGAAGGAAACCUUCUGUGUUAUUCUGGCAUGUGUAACUCAGAGCAAAGAUAAGGGGAGUACAAGUAAUCUUGUAUAAUGCUGAUUUUUAACAAGCAGCUGGGAUUCAAGACUUGAUUCCAAAAUAAAAGAUAUCACCAAUCUUUAUGACAUACACAUUUUUCUGUGGAGUCUUACUGAAAAGACCAAAAUAAAGGAACCUAAGGGGCCGUUCUGUCUCAGUUCUAGCCAACUUGGCUCUUCCCUUCCCAUGGAGCCAUUGAAUUCUUUUUCCUAAACAGAAAGUUUUUAAACUGAGCAGAUGCUCUGUCAUGAUUGUGGUUUUGCAAUCCCGAGUUCCUCUAAACUUGUAAGAGUUCAUAAAACAGGAACGUAAACUAGCAGUUGGAAGCAUAGCUCAUUUCUCCCCCCUCCCCAGUAAUGUGUGGAUGUUAUUUUAAACAGUGCGUCUGUGUUCUGCAGAUCCUGCUGACCCCCCAGGUCAGGGUCCGUAGUUGAACAUCAGCUGACUGAGAGAAGGGAUUUUAGAAGCAUUGUCUGAGUUUAAAAUCGCUUUCAGUUUCAUCAUUCGGAUUCCUGAACAGGAGUUAGGAAGAAGGCCCAUUUUUUUCAUUCUUAUCUUUACCACACCCUCUGCCCACUGUGAAAAAAUAGUUUACCCAAGUGAUACACUGGACCCAGUGCCUGCUGGGACAGGGCUGUGGGUUUUUUGGUCAUACCUGUGUUGAUGCUCAAUACAGUGUAGACAUGUGUUCAAAUAAAACAGAUGAUUGUGUACCUUGA